AUGGCCUUUGUCGAGUCUCACAUUCGCUCAAACCCUGACGGGUCGAUCUCGAGCAUCAACCACCCACUCACCGAGUCGAGUGAGGAUCCGCGACCGCGAUGGAGGCACGCGUGGCGAAACUGGCAGACCUUGAACAUGUGCAGAUGGACGUGCGUCAAGGACACUGACCCGAAUGAGGUAGCCCAAGGGAGGCAUGUUCCCCCGGUGCGUUACCUUGAGCAGCGCAAGGAGCGGGUACGCGACUGCACGGAGGACAUAAAGGACGUGAAUACGCCUGCCUUUGACCUGGCGAGACUCCCAGCGGAACUUCAAAUCCAGGUAUUCCGAGAGGUCCUCCUACAGUCUGAGCCAUACACCCUGAGGGGUGUUAUCAGGCCUAUGUGGGGGUGGACGCGGCGUGAUGAUGGGAGCAUGGCAUUCGUGCCGCACGACUGGACAAACCGGCGGGGUUGCAGCAUAGCAUUCUGGGAGUGCCGCACCUGGCGCGAUAUUCCUUGGUUCUCAGUCUGCAGAGCCUCUCGUGCGGAGGCGAUCCGAAUCUAUGGCGACCCUCGUCUCCAAACCGUCCCUUUCUCGCCGCGAAAGGACUCGGUAGAGCUCAGCGUUCUCGAGCAACCGGGGCGAUACGGGUCCUGUCGGAGUAUCUGGCACGACCAAAACGCAGAGGAGAUCUUGAGCGGGUUGGAAAAGUUGAGCGUCAGACUGGGCCCCGUAUUUGAUGCCGAUGUCUGCACUCUCCGAUGGACUCUCCUGUGGUGCGACGCGUGGAACCUGAUCAGCCACCUAAGCCCUGGACUGAAGCACUUGACGGUCCUCGGUGUCAAGUCCGAUUUAUGCACCAGGGACUUCAACGACGCCGACAACGACUACACAAUCGAAGCACAACGGCUGGAGAGGGAGCGGUGGUUGGAAGCGGGCGCGUCAGAGGAAACGAGGCUCCAUGGCUGGCUGCAGGCGGACAUGAUGCCCAUGAUCGGUGUGCGGCAGAUGCUGAUGGAGGCGGAUGGCUGGGGGUUGUUCUCGGCCCUGACGACGUUUGAGAUUCGUCUCGUCGAGUCGGUGUGCCGGCGUGACAUGCUCGCCUGGAGCGAGCAUGGGGUGGGAGGGGAAUGGCAAGACAGGCCAGAGCCGCAGCCCGGGAGUCACGAGUACUACAUUGCCCUGCCUCGUGUUUACUUUCGGCGCCUCGGCGAAGCUUGA